AUGUCCAUCUUAACAUGCUUCCUUGUUGUCUUAAUCCUCCCACAUACAGUGUCACUUAAUUUCAGUUUUCCAAACAUUAAUACAUAUUCCAAGGAGAUAGUAACAGAAGGUGGUGGAGCAUAUCUCUCUGAUGUGGGAAUCCAGGUGACCCCUGAAGACGACCGUAUGCUAGAGAACAAGAGACAAGGCAGGGCAACAUACUUCAGACCGCUUCACCUUUGGGACAAGACCUCCACAGAGCUAGCCAGCUUCUCCACCAAUUUCUCAUUUGUCAUUGACUCAAAAUCAAAAAAAACUUAUGCUGAUGGCCUCACAUUCUUCCUUGCUAAGAAUAAUUCUUUUAUAAAUAGUGGUGGAGCCAUGGGGCUUCCAAUCGAUUCUCAAAACAAUGUCAUGAUACAUCCAUUCGUUGCGGUAGAGUUUGAUACUUUUUUUAACUCCGGUUGGGAUCGAACCAACUCUGAUCAUGUAGGCAUCAACAUCAACUCUCUUACGUCUGCUAGGUUUGUGGUAUGGUGGAGCAACAUAACAUCUGGGAGAGAGUGUUAUGCUCAGAUUGACUAUGAUUCGGCUUCUAAGUUUUUGAAGGUUUCUUUCACCGGUUUUCGAAAUAAUACGCUUGUAUGGCAAGGUGGACUUAAUUACACUAUUGAUCUAAGGGAUGUGUUGCCAGAAUGGGUUAUUUUUGGGUUUUCAGCAGCAACUGGGAACUUGUUUGAGAAAAACAAUGUAAAAUCUUGGACUUUUAAAAGUUCUGUUUUACGCGUUGAUGAAAGCGUGAAGGGGAAGAAGGGGACAGCAGGAUAUUUGGUGGGAUUGAUAGUUGGAGCAUGUGUUGUUGUGGCUUUGUUGGCUAUGAUUGCAAUUAUAUGUUGGAGGAAGAGCAAAAACAAGGAAGAUGAAGUGGUGGAAGUUGGAUCUGGUGUGGAGAUGAACAAUGAAUUGGAAAUAGGCACCACUGGGCCUAGAAGUUUCUCUUACCACGAAUUAUCUCGGUCGACUGGUGGCUUUGCAGGGAAUGAGAAGCUAGGAGAGGGAGGCUUCGGAGAGGUUUAUAAAGGUUUUCUGGAAGAUUCAAGCACGUAUAUUGCAGUCAAAAGGGUGUCAAAGAGUUCCAAACAGGGGAUCAAGGAGUUUGCAUCAGAAGUAAACAUCAUUAGCCGACUGAGGCACAGAAAUCUGGUGAAACUCAUUGGUUGGUGCCAUGACAAUGGAGAACUCAUGCUUGUUUAUGAGUUUAUGCAAAAGGGAAGCUUAGAUUUACAUCUCUUCAAGGGAAAGAGCUUGUUAUCAUGGGGCACAAGGUACAAAAUUGCCCGUGGCCUGGCUUCUGCUUUGCUUUAUCUACAUGAAGAAUGGGAGCAAUGUGUUUUGCAUAGAGAUAUCAAAUCAAGCAACGUGAUGUUGGACGCAAAUUUCAAUGCAAAACUUGGUGAUUUUGGGUUAGCCAAAUUGGUUGACCACGAGAAAGGUUCGCAGACGACAAUGUUGGCUGGAACUUUGGGUUACAUGGCUCCUGAAUGUGCAACAACCGGCAAGGCAAGCAGAGAAUCGGAUGUGUUUAGCUUUGGAAUCGUUGCAUUGGAAAUAGCCUGUGGGAGAAAACCCAUUGAAGAAAGGCAAGGAAAAUUAGUAGAAUGGGUGUGGGAGCUGUAUGGGACUGGGUCUGGAACUCUAUUACAAGCAGUGGAUCCACGGCUAGGCUUAGAUUACGAGGAAGAAGAUAUAAAGCGUUUGAUGAUCGUUGGGCUAUGGUGUGUGCACCCUGACCCACACCUUCGCCCAUCGAUGAGACAAGCUAUUCAUGUACUGAAAUACGAAGCUUCCCUGCCUCUUCUCCCAUCAAAGAUGCCGAUGGUCUCUUAUGUUUUAUCUCCUACAUCUUCCUCUUAUGGUGUCGCCUCCAUCAUCCAUACCCAAUCAUCAAGCAGGGCAUCUAACAUCGGUCUUAAAGUCAGAAACAACAUGGUAGACAGUCUCCUCUGA